AUGAAGAACGAUCCGAAGAAACCUAUAUCGAGGUCGACAGCUUCAGUGCUGCCGACAGCAAAGCAAACAUCGUUCCUGCUUCUUGGGAUCACGAUGGGUCUCUUCAUCUCACAGAACUUGUUCUACAUAGUCAUGAACAAGAAGAUUUUGAUCAAAAGAUCGGACAUGAAACAGCUUUCUCCUUCGCCAAAGAGCCAGGACCAGCCUUGCCCUGAUUGGUUGCUGUUCUCGGUCAUCAGGAGUGCGAUCCUGCAAGCGGAGAGAAAGUUGGAAAGGGAUCUUGAUGUUGUCAGCCUCAAGAAAGACAUCUCAGUGAGCAUGCUACGAUGCCAGCAGCAGGGAAACAUGAGCGUCUGCGAUGCUGACCUUCGCCUUAACGUAGUUUCGCUUCACAACUUGGAAGGAAUGGCUAUCAUGAAUGAGGUGCUGCCGUAUCAGAACUACAAACGGUCCACCGUCGCCGAUAGGAGUGGCUGCAAUAUCUCCCUCGACGUGCUGGGAGCCAUUCAUCAGAGCUCAGUGCAGGUGGACGUGAUCUGCAGGCAGGUUAAGUCUCGGAUAACCUCCCUCGCCGUGCUCGUCCCCCUGGUGGGGAUGCCGGAGGUCAACGAGGAGUGGCUGUUGUCGGUGCUUGCCGAGUGGGUGACAGCAGCAGACACGCUGUUCUUGGAUGUCGACGUCGUCUUCAUAGCAGGGGGCGAUGGAGAGGCGGUGAGGCAAGCUGUAGCUAGGGGAUACGGGGAAGAGGAGCUGGAAGGGGAUAGGAUGCGGGCAAGGGAGCAAGGGUCCCUCCCCCAUCACUACCGCUGCAUCCACAACAGCCAGGGAUCGGUCAAUGUCAUCGUUCUGACCCCGCCGGAUCCGUCCGAGUGCUCGUUCGCCCAUGGUGAUGACGUCAACCGAACUCUGUGCCAGGUCGCCGUGGGGUUCCGGCAGUACAAGCAGCUCUGCGACAAUGUCGAGUGCCUGCACGAGUACGUGCUGCAGCAAGGAGCAGGGUUCACCAUCUGCAGGGAGCACAUUUCAGAGUUCCUCAAGGCGCUCCUCGCUGUCCGGCGAUCCUUCUCGGCCGUCCGGUGCGGGCCAGAGCUCUCCUGCUUCCUCGUCAACGCCAACGACGUCUCCUUCUGGUCCAGCCACCUCCAGCCUCCAGUUCUCCACUACUCUCACGAGUUCGUCUUCCAGCUGGCACAGGGCAUGACCAAGACCUCCCAGGCCUACUUCGCCGACUCCUCCCUCCUUGUCUUCCGCCUCUCCCUCGUCCAGGCCAGCAAGCAGAUGGCAGGAGCAGACCAGCGGCUAUCCAGCUUGACCUGUUCCCAGCUCCUCUCGCGCACACAUUUCCCCGGGUCCUCGCAGCUGGACGAACUCUACUCCGAGGACACUGGGUGCGUGAUCAGCAUUGACUCGUUCUCGCCGUGCCUGGAUAAGGAGAAGUCGAUCCAGACUCUCACCAUGCCGCACUGGUUCAGACGUGCCCCUCCUCCUGCCCGGGCCAUCAGCGUCCAGAUCAUCACCAAGGAUCGACCUGAGCUGCUCUACAAGACGCUGAUGAAGCUGGUGGAGCAGACGCGACCCGCCUGCAUCACCGUCCACAUCGACAGCAUGAACGAGCUGGACAUGACGGACAAGCAGCGCAAGACUCUGCGGACGGUCCAGUGGUUCUCCCGAAUGUACGGGAUCUUGUGGAGGAGGAACCCAAACGGCUUUCACCCCUCCAUCAUGCGGCGCCUGGGCUUCCGUAGGAACUACGUCGGGUACCACAAGGACGCGACCAAGCUCUUCCCCACUGACCGGCUGGUGCACAUGACUUGGAACGCCCUCGCCUACGCCUUCGACUCACCGUCGACGCCCUCCGAGUGCUCGAGGAACGCGACGGUGGUACUGGAAGACGACCUGCUCCCUGCCGACGACCUGCUCUCCUUUCUCGAGUUCGGCUACUGUGAGAUGCUCAAGGACCCCAACCUCAUGGUCGUCUCCGCAUGGAACGACAACAGCUACAACAUCCGCCCGGGCCUCCAGUGUGCCGUACAGCGAGGAGAGUACUUCAUGAGCCUCGGUUGGCUGACGACGCGAGCAGUCUACGAGCAGGUCAUGUCGCCCUCCCUGUGGCCUGUCUCGGACACCUCCAACAGGGACGAGGACAAGAUCCAGACCCUGACCAUCAUCGGAGGGUGGGAGACACCCUUCCUUAACAUCUUCAAGGGGAGCCGGUCGGGCCUGUUCCCAGUCGUCAGCCGCGUCUUCCACCAGCCCUCCUCCUCAGGAUGGUCGGUGACCAAGUGGAUUCAGAGCCAAGUACUGGACGUGCAGUCUUUCCAGGUCAGCAGCAAGGCAUGCGCGUUCGAGGAGGUGCGGGAGGAGACGUAUGAUCGCAAGCUCGCGCUCAAGUUCCACGAUGGGGUCUGGGUGAGCCUCGAGCAUACGAGAUGCUUCAAGGAUCUCCUGAUCAAGGAGAGGAGCACGACGUACCUGGUUGCUCUCAGUGACACGCAGAGGGGACGAAGUCCGAACUUUGCCUCCAUCCUCUAUCCUUUCAGCCUCAUCAGCGGCAUCGGCAAGGUGAGAGGAUACUACAAGGAUAUGGUCAUGGUACACGUGGCCCAUCACACGAUCUUCCUGGUGGGGCCGCACGCGCCUGUGCUGGAGAGGAACGGGUCAGCUCAGUCUCUCUUCGCCAAGCUCGCCAUGAGCAGCGAGCAAGCUCUGAACUUCUUUAACAGCAGCUGCAAGCAUGACAAGACGAUCAUCCUUCCUGCUGUUCUGGCUGCCGCCAAUCAAGGCAGAACCACGUCCCCCUUCGUGCUGGUCGUGGCGGGGAGGCCCAGGGAGGAUUGCGACACAGUCUGCAAGCAUCUUAGUCGCGUCUGCACGACCUGGGGAGCGAUCUAUGCCAGCAUCCCCAACAAGCUCCAAGGGAGAAGCGCUGCUCGCUCCCUCAACCCAAGCAAAUCACCCUUGUUCAACAACAAGCCAACGGCCUACGGGGACAGACUUGCUGAAGUGAGGAACGACCUGCCCGUCCUCCACAACCAAUCCCUGCUAACAGGACCCAUAAGGCUCUUCCGCUGUAGUGCAAAUACGGAGCCUUCAAACAAGAGGAUCUGCCCCUGCUUCACGCAUGAGUUUGUGGCGAGCGAAGGCCACAAGAAGCUUUUCUGA